CAGUUAAAUGCCAUCAGCCAUCUAGCCGUAUAUAUUGCCAAUGGGAGCCACGAAAUUUGUGAAAACAAUGCCAGAUGGCUGGGCAGUCAACUCACUUUGAAAGCAAAUUUCUCCAGGAGAUCGGAAUAACCGGGGAAAGGUUGGUAUCGUGAGCCAGCCUUCGCAACGAGCGACAAAGUGGUGGUAGGUCCGGCAACCUCUCUAUUAGCAAAUUUCACACCAGCAGCUUCGCCAGACUCGAAAUCGAAUCCCUUGGCCGCCGCCGCCAUGCCGCGGCGAGAGGAAGGUCGGGCGAUACAUUGUUUUCGGAGACAACGCGGCGCAUUCCGGCCGAAAGCAGACCUCGAAAGCAUGAUCGCACGCACCUGGGGCAAUAGGAGCGGAGUGGGAGAAAAGAGAACAGGGGAAAUUGAUAGCAAUUGGCAGCAAUUGGCGGUGGGAGAGAGAAUUCACAGUGAUCUCUGUUGCGUCUUCGGCGGUUUCAUCGAGAUAUCGAUGAGGUUCGAAAGCGGAAAGAUGCUGAUUAAGCCGAGGAGCGGAUUACGCGAUUGCUGAUUGGCUGGGUUGACGAAGGCUUGGCAUUCGGGAGCCGGGUUUCUCCGAUAUCAUGUGACGGUAGACAAGGUUACGGGCUGUUGGCUCAAAGGGGAAUAGCGCGGAUAUUUUUCUGCCGAGAACCAUCGAGAGUCAUGAAGAAAGCAUGAGAUAUAUCACGAUAUAAGUUAUGAAUACAUGUAGUUUCUACCAAUUCGUUUAGUCCCACGCUCGAUUACCUCGUAUCAGUCGCGUUUGCACACCCAUGAAUAUUCAACGGUGACAUUGGGGUCGCUUCUAGAGGAGCCGGCACUUUCUCUAGAAGGAAGACAGGGCGGCAUACAUCAUGUCUCAAUAUGCGGCGGAGCUUUGCAAGCUGUUGAUUACGGACAAUUUCGGGGAGCUAUAUUCUUUGAUAUUUUCCUAUCUGCUAUACCAUGACCGCCAACCUCUGCCUCGCAUUGUCCAAAAUACCCGUCUGUCCCCUCGACAAGUUAGACACGGCCUAGCUGUGCUAAUCCAACAACAUCUCAUCUACCACUACACCUCUUUGGACGACGGUAUCACAUACUACGAAGCUAGCUGGAGGACAGCAUACAAUCUGGUACGGUCGGGCAGGAUUUUACAAUUUGUGGAAAAAAAGCUCGGGGAAUAUGCUGGAAAGGUGCUGGCGACAAUCUUGUAUCUCGGCCACGCAAGAAUCAGCUAUUUGGAGACCCUACCAGAGCUACGCCCUCAAGCCACAAGUAAAGCCCGAAAAGGCGCAACAAACGGGUUGAAUGGGGUUCAUGAUGAUGCGGAAGAAGAGGAGGAGGACAUUGAUGCAGACCUAGAGGGGAAAGAGGAAGGUGCAUCGGGAGGGGUAGAAGGGGCACUGAAAAAUGGCAUUAAUGGCGACCACGACGAGCCAACCGCCUCGAAACUUCACACUACAUUGCGCUCACUUGCUGCCUACGGAUAUAUUAUGCGAGUACGGGAUGCCCAUUUUCAAAGUCCCGCAGAUCUCGUCGACGACGCUGAAAGAGCUAUCAGCGCUCGAUCAGAUGUCCGCGGUUUAAAAGGCAAAAAGCUCCAGGAGGCAAUCGAUGCUGGAGUGGAGACGUAUAUUAAAGAGAAGACGGAUGGAACUAUACCUCAAGACCCACUGGGAGACGGGCUACCCCGCGGCAUCAAGAGGCGUGCAGGACAAUCGACGACGACCUCGUCGCACAAGAGGGUAAAGCUUGAACAUGCGUCGGAGGGCGAGGAAGAUGCGGAUGAUGAUGAUUUUUAUGGUGAUGACUAUGUGGAUGGUGACACCGCCCCAAUGGACCCCAACUUGAUCGUCCGUGUCAACUAUCAAAAGGUCGAGGUGGCAUUACGAAAUCGACGAUUAACAAGACUGGCUGAGCAGCAUACCUCUAGUGUGACGUCUCAAGUCUACGAGACCCUCCUCGAUAGGAUUGAGCUUAAAACGCCCGCAUGCCGGAAAACUUUGGAGCGUGCUCCGGAGGGGGAGGAAGGGGAGCAGUAUUCCGUUGCUAUCCCGUUGCAUACCAUUUUGAAUGACCUAGACCCCGAUCUAGACCUUUCGGGUUCCAUGGCUGGAGCGGAUCCGAAGAACCCUCUUUCAAACGGACACGUGGGCCUCAAUGGAGACGGAGAUGACGAUGACGACGACGAAGCUGAUGGCGAGGCUGUGGGGACAGGCAGCCGGAAUCGCGUCAAAAACCGCGUAUAUGAACUAGAGCAACACCUCUCCCUCCUUGCCCAGGAGCCCAUCAUCUUCUCAACCCGCAGCAUGCAGACAGGCAUGAUAACCUGGGCCGUCGAAUUCCGCCACCUCGCCCGCCGCCUCCGCCACCUCGAACUUGAACGAAUCAUCGAAUCUCGCUUCGGCACCAUCGCCGUCCGCGUCAUCCGCGUCCUCGCCGCAAAGGGCAAACUGGACGAGAAACGACUGCAGGAGAUCAGUCUGAUGGCAUCCAAGGAGCUUCGCCAGGUUCUCGCGCGCAUGGAGACGGCUGGUUUCGUGGACCUGCAGGAAGUACCCCGCGAUGCGCAGCGGCAGCCGUCGCGGACAAUGUAUCUCUGGUUCUUCGAUGCGGAUCGCGUGGCGAGGAUGGUGCUGGAAGAUACAUACAAGUGCAUGUCGCGCUGUCUGCAGCGGAUUGGCGUCGAGAGAAAUAAAUUAAAGUUCUUCUUGGAGAAGACUGAGCGCACGGAUGUUAAAGGGAAUGAGGAGAAGUAUUUAUCUCCGGCGGAGUUGAAGACGUUGAAGGAGUGGCGGGACAAGGAAGCUUUGUUACUGGGGGAGGUAAGGAGGUUGGAUGAGUUGGUUGCUGUUCUGAGGGACUAUUGACCUUUUAUAUAUGGUCCCAAUUUUGUUUCAUUUGACUACACUGUCUCUGUUCUGGAUUGCUUUUGUUUACUUUCAAUGUAUUUUCAUUCCUUUUAUUUUAUUUUUGAAAUUCUGUUUAAUGAUUUCCUCCACUUUUGAAUAUCUUCUUUUUCUUUGGUGCUCUGGAACACAAGUAAAGCGAUGAUUGGAUCGAGCGCCAUGUAAAUGCAAUUAUUCUUCCUUUGGAGUUGGCAGCUGCAAUCUAUAGAAUAAGUUACUACUUCCGAGGGCUAUUAUCAUCGCCUGGCCAUCGCUAGUCAUGAGCUAGCGAGUUGAGGCGUUGCCAAGUUGCUGACUGUGAAUGAAGCUGUUCUAAUCUAGAAAGUCUCAUGGAGGUAGAGCUCCAGAUUACUGUGCAAAUAGGGACAAACGGGCGGCAUAAUCUUUGGGCGAAGGAGGAUGCUCUGGAUAGCCCUGAGUCAUUUAGUUCCGUAAUUAUUUGCUGGGGAGAAGGGUAGUUAAGGAAAAUAGGGACGAAAAGUGUUCAUAAUUACCUCCCAGAGAGAGUGCCAAAGCGACAUGAUAUUGAGAUUUGAGGCUUGCUCUUGUCAAUGGCAAAGGGUUUUUCGAGAUUAAUGACAAGUUUAGGCAAUAAAUCUUUAUGAAUGCAGCACACGCUUUCGGAAAGAAAGAAGAGAAUGUAAGUAGUUAUGCAGAACUUGAUGUUUUGUCGGCACUAUGACGGCAUAUUUUACCAUAACGAGAUGCCGCCUAAGACUAAACACAUCGCAAUCGUUAUAUUUGAGUAGCAAGA